UGUUGGGCCUUCCGUAGCCAUGGCGACGGGAGCAACAGGUGGCGGCGAAGCAAGCGGGCCGCAUGUACGACCGGGCUCCUCGCGCCUUAAGCGUGCCCUUAGGCUGCACGAGCUCCCACGUGGGCCCGGGCGCCUAUGACUUGGUGCCCAGGAGCAGACCGCGCCGAGUGGGGUAUGCUCCCUUUCUUUCUCUGACCAGUCGAGGGUUUGAGAGUACUCCUCAGAAUGCUGAAAAUGACCUUCCAGGGCCAGGACACUAUGAUGUCAUCAAAGAACGGAAAAUUAUUAGAGGGGGCCACAGUCCUCAGAACAAAGAGAAACGUUUCAAAGAGAUCCGCACUCAUACUCCAGGCCCUGGAACCUAUUACCAAUCUCUUUCAGUGUGUCUGGAAGUCCAAAAUAAGAGAAAGCAGUCACCUAAAGUUCCUGAGGGUCAGAAAAUUGCUGGCAAUCUGAAACUGUUCCGAAAGACAGAUGCUCCCUCUAUCCCAUACCGAGGGCAAACAUUUGGUUAUGAAGAGACUGAGAAUGGCACUCUUAUCAAACAUAACCCUCCAGAGAAAGACAAUACUUUGGGUCCAGCAUACUAUCAGGCAGACCCUAAUGAUCCUGCUGUUGCUGUCAAAUAUAAAGGAGCUCAUUUUGGAAACCUGACAGGCAAGAGACAUCAGUUUAAGCCACGUGAGGGCCCUGGACCUGCAGACUAUGAUGUAACUCAGGAAACUGCUGUGUGUUAUGAGAAUGUCAACAUCAAGAAGGAAGGCCUGAAAAAAUACGACCUCUGCAUUCCUCGGUAUCAUGAAAUAAUAGUAUUACAGGAAGAAAAGAAGGGGGUUCCAGGUCCUGGACAAUACGAUAUAAAAAGUCAGUUUCGAAAGACAGAGGGCAUAUCACAAGGUGGAAAUGAAGCUGCUCCUUUUCUUUCACUUGCUGAGAGAUUUACACCUGUGAAAUCAUCCACCCCAGCUCCUGGCACAUAUAAUGAGACACGCUCUGCUCUUGAGUCCUUGAAGAAAGCAUCUAAAAAUAUCCCAUUUGGUCAUACCUCAGUUCGAUUUACUGAGGACUACAGGCUGAAAAGAACACCAGGUCCUGCGUUCUAUAAUAUCCUCAAUUACAGCAUAUCGACAGAAAGUCAUAAAAAGACCGCUUUGAAAAAAAAGAAGAAAGAUGCAUUUGGUUCUUCAGUUCCUAGGCAUCUAUAUUUAGUGAAAAGGGAAGCCUUUACUACUCCUGGGCCCGCUGAUUAUCAGUUCAAAGAGACGGCCAGAGCAUCACACAAAAAAGCAAAGCAGUUUUCUGUUUUUGUAUCGGCUACAGAGAGGAUUCCUGUAAUUAGCAUGGAAGCUCCGGCACCAGGCUCAUAUGAGGUUCAAAAAUCAUUUGCAAAAUCACAAGGGAAACGCGAGUAUAUGCCUCCUCGAAGCUUGGUGGCUAAAAGAAAGCAUGCUUCUUUUCUCAGUGGAACACCUAGGCAAGAUUCGCCUAAUUCCAAGGUACCAGGACCAGGGGCUUACAAUCCAGUUGUGAAGGCGACUUCCUGUCUUACUUUAUGGGCUUCUCGGAUGGAGCGUUUCAAAGAGGAAAAGGCUGAUACUCCUGGUCCUGGAACAUACAAGCUGAGUCCACUCUUUAGAGAUACUGUCCUGAAGAGAACAUACAACUCCACGUUGAAUAACCCCACUGUGAUUCAAGUGGAGGACAGUUACAAACAUCGAAUAGACAGGGAAAGCCUUUUCUAUGUGUCUAAUGAAAGGCUCUCAAAAGACAAGGAAAAAUGAUGCAGUGCCUCAUAUGUGAUGAUGAGUGAGUCCUUCAGAACGCGCUUUUCAGAAGAAACAACUACAGUUUGAUGAGGACCUCCAUCAACUGUUCAAAUGAGUACUGUGAUUCGUAACCCUAAAAUAUAUUAAAACUGAGAUUCUAUAAACGUUAUUUCUGGAUUUCUCAUACUAGUAUUGUAUAUCUCUUUCAUCAUUUUACUGUAUUUUACUAAUUUACUUAUAUUUUUGUAUAAACAUCUACAAUAGCUAACAGUAUAUUUGUGCCACCACUUUUUUUUCCUUUGCAAGAUAAUAUAACCUAUUCAAAAUGUAGCAGUUCAAAGUUUUAAAUAAUAUAUAAAAACUAGGAUGUUUUCAUGA